ACACCUACUCUGCUAAGGCGCAAGUUAUUCUUUUUGGCUUUCGAUUCACUUUAAAAAAAAGAUGUCAUGGCUAGCAAGAUCUAUAGCUAAUUCUCUCAAAUUCGAAGACGACGAUCAACAACCAGAUAAGAACACCACCGCCACCACAACCUCCGCCCCAACUACCGAUAAUGUUAAUAAUAAUAAAGAUUUAUCGAAUUCGGAAUCGGAUCAACAACAAUCCGCGACACCUCGUGGUGUCAAAGAAGACCUUACAGAUCUCAAAAAAACCCUAACCCGCCAAUUAUGGGGUGUGGCAUCUUUCCUCGCUCCUCCACCUGAACCACCGUUGACGGAGAAUCGUUCUCAUACUUCGGAUCCGGAUGGAUCCAACGAUGAUGACGAUGACGCUGCAUUGAUUGCCGGCAUUAGGAGCGAUUUUGCGGAAAUUGGGGGCAGAUUUAAGUCAGGGAUCACCAAGCUGUCCAGUAACAAAACGGUGUCGGAGUUUACUAAGAUUGCCUCCAAUUUGCUGCAGCUUGGAUCCGAGAGUCAUGAGAUUGGGACUACUGCUUCUGCUGUGGGCGUGACUGAAGAAGUUGUGGGUUUUGCUAGAGAUGUCGCCAUGCAUCCUGAGACUUGGCUCGACUUCCCUCUUCCUGAUGUUCAAGGGUUUGAAGAUUUUGACAUGUCAGAUGCCCAACAAGAACAUGCUUUAGCUGUUGAGCAUCUUGCUCCCAGAUUAGCUGCUCUGAGGAUUGAACUUUGUCCAGGAUAUAUGAGUGAGGGCUGCUUUUGGAAGAUUUACUUUGUGCUGUUGCACCCUAGACUCAGUAAACAUGAUGCUGAACUAUUGUCAACUCCCCAAAUAGUGGAGGCAAGGGCGAUGUUGUCGCAUGAGUUACAGAACAAAGCCAAGGCAAAAUCCACUCCAGAUUGGUCUGGAGUUGACACUUCUAAUGUAAAAGCUGAUUUGCCUCAUGAAGAGUCUCUGUCUGUGCCAUCUCGUGCCAAGUCUGAAUCGGUUCCAAUCAUGACAUCUGGCAUUGAAGCAGUCUCUCCCACACUUGCAGCCAAGACAUCUGAUAAUGAAGCAGCCCCUUCCUUUGUUUCUGUUGAAUCAGAAACAGAAAAGCAUCCAGUUGAAAGUACUCAGAUGCAAAUUAUUGACAAAUCCGUGGUCGAGGAAGGAAAAGUUGACCAGACCAAGCAUCAACAUUCAUCAUCCAGUUCCUCCUCUGGGAUUCUGGAAGAGAAAUUUGACGAUGAUGGUGAUGAUUGGUUGAAAGAUGAUAGUUCAGAAAUGAUUGGUGUCAGUGGAUCCUCGAUGCCUCUUGGAAAUGAUGAGGAUGUCUCAUUCAGUGAUCUUGAAGAGGAUGAUGGAGAUGAACCUGCAAGUUACAAGAAAGUGGCAUCAGGCUCUGAUUGUGCAACAAAAGGAUCACAAGAUUGGGUUCAGCUGAGCAGAAGCUCUGCUGACUCAGUCAAGGAUAUCAAGCCUGUUAGCAUAAAAAAUGCUGGGUCUGAGAAGGUAAGCGCUCGCAACUCUGAAAACAAGGAAUCUAGUGAUUGGCUUGAUGUUGAUGACAUUGAUGUGAUAUGAUUUUGCCUUUAAAGCUUUCAUGUCGCAUGUUGUUCUUCUUAUCUUUUUUUUUUUUUUCCUUAUUGUGAAUAUCUUGCAUAUGGUUUCUUCAGACCGAGUUGGGCUGUGGAACUUUAUAUUCCAAUGUAAAUAAUUCCAAAUUCCAAUGUAAAUUGGAUUAUCAUAUUUGCAUGAAAUAUGUAUUUAUGUAAUAAUUUAACACAUUCCGAUGCAA